AUGGAUGUGAGCCUUGAGGAAGUUUCGCUGGAGGCGACCGCGUCAGCGGAUCAGCAGGUGACCAGUGAAGCCCUUGAUGAAAGCGAUGAUGAGGUCUUGGUCAUGCCGGCCGCGGCUUCGACGGGGCCCUCCGUGCACGAUCUCAUUCAAGCCCACGAGCGCGCCGGAGCUCCCUUGUACAUUAUGCUGUCUUCCUUCCAUCAUACCAAGGGGCCAGUCAUUGAGAUGGUCUAUCCACGCCUGAACCCCGGGGCCAGUGGCGAUCGGGAUGACCAAGCUCAUCAUGUGGAAGAAAAUCCUGCGCUGCCUGCGGCGUGGGCCCAUCUGCCCUUUUUGACGUUGCCGGACGGUCUUCACAACCACCACCAGGACACAACCUUUUUCACAGUACCCGCCUUAAAGCCCGGACAUCGCGACCAGCCACAGCAGCGGCUCUUUGGCGUCGCCUGCUCGAGGCAAAUCGAGACAGAGCGCCUCGCCGAGCACGCAGAGUAUAACCGCAACACCGUCAUGAAGGCACUCACGGUGCUUUCACCCUUUCCCGUCUUCAAGCUCUUGGAAAGUGCGCUGGCCCCCACCCUCCAGGUCCUCUUUGAGCAGCGAGCCCUGGACGCUGACACGUUGCUUGUCAGCCAGUAUCAGAGCCUGACUCGAUCCUUCAACAGCCGGAGCUUUGACCUUCAAGACUAUGUUCUUGAGGAAGUGGAUGUUACAGGCGUCAUCAUCCGUCUCCGCCACCGCGUCCUCCAGGUUUUAAUUUGUUCUACUAGCUCCGACGUUUCAGCUGCCACCAUCAGUCAAACGAUUGUGGCUCUCGCCGCCCUGGUACCGGGCAUGCUUACCUGCCUCCACACCGCCACGGAAGACGCCCAGGGAGGAAAGAUUUUGAGCGCUCGCUCAAGCCCCACCCCUGCGCCGGAUGAUCAAGUUCAUAGCAGCCCAGACGCCGAGGCAGAUGCGUGGCUGGAUGCUGAACCUCAUGCCGCGAGCCCCAAUUUGCAGCAUACGCUUUAUCCCUAUACAACCAUCCAGCAGCUGCCUGCUCUUUUGGAGGCCAAAUCCUGUUUAAUGGGUACCACCAACGCUAUGAUGACCCAGCAUUCUCAGCUGGCAGACGUAGUUGUGGAUCUCUGCAAUCACAAGGGCAAUGUCUCUGUCCACUUUAUGGACGACAUUAUUGCACAAUGCGAGGAGGCGCAAAACGCUGCUGCACCCACCUUUGCCGGUUCACCGGCGUGGUGUUGCUAUCAGUUUACGGACUACAUUUUGCGCUUUUUGGCUGGCGUGGACUUUGCUCGUGAGCAGCCCACCAAGGAGUCUCUUGAUCGCCUCAACGGUGCGGGCUCGUGUUCGUGCUUGAUGUUCAACAUUAACUGGAAGGACAUGCGACAGGCCCUGCGCUGGUCCACAAGAUUGCACGUCAUUUUCAUCGCUUUUGCUUGCCACCAUCUAGACUAUGGCUCCUUUUAUUUUCUGGGCAUGCGCUCAACGCACAGUUACGCACGAUGGUGCCGUGCCGCAGACAAGCAUAUGCGAGAGACGGGCCGGCGCAUGUACAUGGACAGUCCUCUGGAACACCCUUGCCGCGGCGCCCUGCAGUUGAAGGACAUUGGGCGACGCGCUCGCCAAUUUUCGGACAUGCACUUUGGCCCCAAUCUGGGUGUGCGCAGUCAGCAGGCGAUGAAGACGGCGGUUGAAACCAGCUCGCGAACCCUGACCAAAGCCUUUCAGAGCAGCAAGCAAGGUCUUGGCACAGCCUGGACUUCGGUGAGUAAUUGGUGGAACUCGCAGCGGGCUUCUGCAGCCGAUGGCGGUGAUUCAAGCCCGGCUGCCCGAGACGAGCCCAUUAUCACGUCUGCGGAGGUUGCGCUUGACGAAUCAGCGUCGACCCCACCCAUGGUCGAGCCUUGA